UGGUUUUCAUAUAUAUUCUUGACUUUGCCCUCUCUCUCUCUCUCUCUCUCUCUCUCUCUCAUUAUGCUAACCCAUCCAGCUAGCAAGCCACUUCUCUCUCUCUCUCCCCCUUUGUCUCUCCCUUUUUUUCUUCAUCUUUUUCUAUAAGUUAAAAAACUUUCACUAACUCAAAAGUGUGUUUGAACCCUCAAACUCCAACUAUAAGCCACCUCCAAGAUCUCACUCUUUUCAAUCAAAAAUAAAAAUAAAAAAUGAAGUUCAAUUUUCCUAAACCAAAACUCUUAUUUUUCUUUCUCAUUCUCUCCCUCUUGUGUCUUCAAUCUCUAUCCUCCUCCACCAUCAAAAAACAUGCCUCAAAAACAAGAAAAACAAUCAUCAAUGAUCAAUUCAAAGAAGCCCCUCAAUUCUACAACUCACCAAAUUGUGCCUCCAUCACUGAGCCAGAAGAAGACACCGAACAUGACACUGGCACAUAUAUCUGCUCCGAGGAAGCAGUCCAUGUGGCAAUGACAUUAGACACAACAUAUAUCCGAGGAUCCAUGGCUGCAAUCCUCUCUGUCCUCCAACACUCAUCAUGUCCACAAAACAUCAUCUUUCACUUUGUUUGUUCCUCAAACACUUCACUUCUCCACUCCAUAAUCUCAAAAUCAUUCCCAUACCUCAAAUUCCAAGUCUACAAUUUUGAUGAUUCAAUCGUUUCGGGUUUAAUCUCAACCUCGAUUCGAUCAGCACUUGAUUGUCCUCUCAAUUAUGCAAGAAGCUAUUUGGCAAAUCUAAUUCCAUUAUGUGUAAGAAAAGUUGUGUACUUGGAUUCAGACCUUAUCUUAGUGGAUGAUAUCACAAAACUUGCAUCAACACCAUUAGCCGAAAAAAAUGCAGUUUUGGCAGCACCAGAGUAUUGCAAUGCAAAUUUCACAUUUUACUUCACACCAACAUUUUGGUCCAACCCAUCUUUGUCUUUAACAUUCGCGAAUCGAAAAGCUUGUUACUUUAAUACCGGGGUUAUGGUAAUUGAUCUAGAAAAAUGGCGCGACGGAGAUUACACAACAAAGAUUGAGGAAUGGAUGGAAUUACAAAAGAGGAUGAGAAUCUAUGAACUUGGUUCAUUGCCACCUUUUUUGCUUGUUUUUGCAGGGGAAAUUGUUCCAGUGGAUCAUAGAUGGAAUCAACAUGGUCUUGGUGGUGAUAAUUUUCGAGGUCUUUGUAGAGAUCUUCAUCCUGGUCCAGUGAGUUUAUUGCAUUGGAGUGGAAAAGGUAAACCAUGGGUGAGAUUGGAUGCUAAUAGACCUUGUCCUUUGGAUGCUCUUUGGGCACCUUAUGAUCUUUUGCAGACACCAUUUUCUCUUGAUUCUUGAUUAGGGAAGGAAAAAUCAAGUUUAAAUGUAAUUAAUAAAAAAUAUAUAUAUAUAUAUAAUCUUUUGAACAAUGGAAAAAAGAGACAAUUGUGAAGUGAAGAAUAUGAGACUUUUCAAUAUUGUUGAGAAAAAAAUAAUGACUUUGUAUAUAGUUGAAGAGUUGCAUAUUUUGAAUAUGUAGAUUCAUCGAGUAAUUUUUGUUCUUAUUAAUGAGAGCAUAAUCAAAUUCAAGUUUA